GAUGUGUAUUUAGCAGUAGCUAAUCACCUCCUGUGUCGUGGUAUGAAGAGUUUCAAACGUUAAUGAGCUACCUACCCAGGGGCAGGUUUAUUUAUUUAUUUAUUUUUGCAACCCGGAAGUUCUGCCUCCCACUGAUAAGGCAAAGAGAAAUUUUAGUAGAAACCGAAAGCUAGCCUGCUAGCUAGCUAACUAUACACCUGAAAAAAAUCGUUGUGAUUGAUAUUCGUUUCAUGUUUGGAUUAUCUUGCGCAAAAAUAGUCUAAUGCGUACAACGCACCACAGCCGACCACCACGCUGUGUGAAAACACGGCUCCGUUAGCUGUUCCGCAGGAAUAAUUAAUAUCUUAAUUAUUAUAGCGAAAAUAUGGCAGAGGUGCAUAUUGUUGAGCCGAGUGGUACUGGUACCAUAGAACAGACCGAACACCGGGAGAUCCGCGGCUCAGUUCGACUCGCCUCGCCCACACUCAUGAUCCCACCAAGAAGCGGGUUGUCCAGCCCCGGAGUGUCGGCUAGGUCAGUGCUCGGAUUCCCCCUGAAAAGCAACCCUAGUUCCCCGUCCGAUCAAACGGAGAAGCCAGGUUCGCGGUGGGUAAGGCUCAACGUUGGCGGCACCUACUUUGUCACCACCAAACAGACACUGUGCAGGGAUCCGAAAUCGUUCCUGUACCGCUUAUGUCAGGAAGAUCCAGAUCUGGACUCGGACAAGGAUGAGACGGGAGCCUAUUUGAUUGACAGAGACCCCACGUACUUCGGUCCCAUCUUGAACUACCUCCGGCACGGCAAGCUUAUAAUAAACAAGGACUUGGCGGAGGAAGGAGUCCUGGAGGAGGCAGAGUUUUACAACAUAGCAUCUCUGGUACGGAUGGUGAAGGAGAGGAUACGAGACAACGAGAACAGGACGUCCCAGGGCCCAGUGAAGCAUGUGUACCGGGUGCUGCAGUGCCAGGAAGAAGAGCUCACCCAGAUGGUCUCCACUAUGUCGGACGGCUGGAAGUUUGAACAGCUCAUCAGCAUCGGCUCCUCUUAUAACUACGGCAAUGAAGACCAGGCCGAGUUCCUCUGCGUGGUCUCCAGGGAGCUGAAUAAUUCCACCAAUGGCAUUGUCAUCGAGCCGACCGAAAAGGCCAAGAUCCUUCAGGAGCGAGGAUCGCGGAUGUGAGGACGGCCCCCGAGGCCUGGACUUCCUGCCGCACAUUCCUCCGCCCGUCUGCUUCCCCCGGAACCUUCUCUGCUCCUCCACCGUUCCGCUUCUCCCUGACACGCGGCCCCAAGCUGCAUGGCUGGCCCCCCCCCUUACCCUCCCAGAGCCUCUCAGCGGGGGGGGGGGAUCCCCCUCAGCCCAAACUCCCAUCGAUGUACCCCCGAGGCACCUCUGCCGUCGGCUCACUCUGUAACUGUUAUGAGUAAUGUCUCACUAUACUACAGGUUGAUACUCUUACCAUGCUACUAUUAAUGUUGGCUUUGACGAUGAUGAUGAGGAUUACGAUGACAGUGCAGGGGUGAACUGGAGACAUAUUAAAAAGAGGGGAGCAGCUAAACUUUAUCCAUCACCCCCCCCCCCCCAACUGUGACUUAGCAGUUGCAUCAUUAUUUGUGGUCAUGUUAUAUCCAGCGCUGCUGGCCUGUCGGUCCCUGGGGAAUCAACACUGUCCAUGCCUGGAGACAGACUGUGCCCCUCCACCGGACCCUCCACCCUCAGCGGAGACCCGCACAUGUACUGCUUGGGACCAGAGCAGAACUAAAAUUAAAGACCCCCCCCCACCCUCACCUCCGCCCCCGCCCCACACACACGACCCUCCCUCUCCCUGCACUACUCCUUCCACAGCUGCUGACCGGAGCGUCUCCUCCGCUCGGCGUCCCCGCGUACCCUUGUGCGUGCGCGAGGGGGCCCCCCCCCGAGACCUGCCUGCCGCCCGGUUGGCCCCGCCCCGCUUUCAGGAGGGACGCGAGGAUUAAAGCACCACCUGGGUUCACGCGCCCCGGUGCCAGAGGAAAGGCAACGAGCUGGUCUGUCCUGUCCGGAUUAUCCUCACCCCCGCCCCCCCCCCAAGAAACUUAAUGCAUCUCUGCAACCAAACACCUAUUUUAAGCUUUUCACUAGAUGACAUUUCUGUGUUUGGAUUUUAAGGAGUGGGGAUCAGGGGGUCAGGAUGGACCAAACCCCUCCCCCCCCCUCCCCUCGCCUGCCUCAAGUCUCAGAAACCCGCCCUGCCUGAUGGAUGGCCCUCGCAGAUCGUUCAGUGUUAAUAGCUGCCUGACCCCUCGGCUUAUAAGGUCCUCACAAAGCAGACAUUUUUUGAAGGAGGUCCUGGUUUGUCUGCAUUACAGACACAAAAAAACCCACCAUCAGAAAUGGAGUGUGUUCAUUACAACCUUCACAGCAUUCACCUGUACUGAAGUGUUAAGACUAUGGGGGGGUGGGGGGGGGGGGGUGGUUGGGCAUAGUGGGUAAAAACUGAGGUUGUGUUAAACCCUCUUUUGUUAUCUGUAACCAUGGUUGCCAUAACUUGCCAUAACCUGAUGGAAAAGCUGAAGGUCAAAUACUGCUAAUAAUUUCCCCUCUGGUAGAACACUGCAAGGUUCCUUCACCUAGAAAGUUCCUGCCCCUAGAUCACAGCGUGAAUCGGGCCAGCGUUCGACGAGGCAUCCUUCCGCUAAAGAAUUAAA